AUGAAAUCAGAAGAAGGGAAAAGUGAAGAAAAGACUCAAACUUUAUCUGAAAAAGAAAAAGUAAUAAGUGAAGAAAGAAAAAAGAAAGAAGCUGAAGAAACUGAAUUAGAUAAAAUUAGACGGAGUCUUCAACAGAUUAUGGUCAAAAAAAAUGACCAAAGUAAAAGUCACCUUAUAAAAUUGUUAGCUAAAUUAAAAAAUACUGAAAAGCAAAGACCAGUUUGCUUCGAUGCGUUGGCUGAAAAAGGGAAUCAGAAACAAUCUUCAUUAUAUCAGAAAACAAAAACUAAUAAGCUUAGCCUAGUGGAUGUAACUCAGAAUACAAGUGCGUCUUCAAAAUCAGCAAAAACACUUCAGUCUAUCACGGCUGGAUGUUCGAGUGUUGAGGAAACCCCACAAAUACCAUCAAUACCAUAUACAUCACAGUUAUCCCCAGUAGAAUACGAAAAAUAUAAGGGACAAGAAGUUGGAUCUCAACAAUUCAAAUCGUUCAAAGAGGUUAAAUUAUACGAACUAUUUCCAUUUCUAGUAAUUGAUCAAAGUGAUUAUGAUUGUGAUUUACCCAUGUUACAUGUUUCUCAGAUGAUUAUGCCUGAUGAAAUCGAUUUGGAAACAGAUGAUGAUCAAAUUGGUAAAGUUGAAGUAGACGGAAAAUUAAUAAAGCGAAUCAAGACUCUCGGGGGAACACCAGCUUGUUUGCAAGUAGUAAAUAAUGCUACUUGGACACCGUUCUUGCCAGAUGCUAGCUUUGGCUUACUUCGAAAUACAACAAGAGGAAAAUGUGUAAAUAUAAAGUGUGAAAAGGAUUCUGUAUAUGAACAGCAUAAAUCCGAACAAUCGGAAAAUAUUGAAGGAUUCAGACGGAAUCGACCUCGCCAUUAUUAUCAUCAUACAAUUAUAUGUUGCAAUAAUUGUGUUGCUGAUUAUGGUAAAAAUGUGAUUGGUGAUUACUGUUGUUGUCCUCAACAACGAUCAGCAAAUUCUCAAUCUGUUCAAGAUCAAAAAAUGAACAUCACGAAUGAAUCAUUAGAAGAAUGCGAUUCACCAGCAAACGAUUGUAACACCAAUGCAGACACGUCAGAAGAGAUCACAAAUAAUAAUCCAUCUUUUUUAAAGCAUGAUCUAGCAUCAUCAUCUGAAAGUGACCUCACUUGUCCACCUCCACCUACGUGUCCUACUCCUGAGCCAUGUCCUUCACCUCCUCCUUGUCCUACAUUACCACCACCUUCAGUCGAACAUAAACUACUUGACCUUGCAAACCAAACUGACACGGAGGCAUCCAAAAAAAAUCCAGCAAUUUUAAUGAUUCCAGAAGAUGUGCCAAUUAUUCCUUCACCUCAAUUAGAUAUGCUAACAAAAGGACUCAAUUUUGAACCGCAUAAUAUUCAGAAUCUUCAUUUAUCAACGAUUAAACCCCCUUUAAAAACAUUAGUUCAGAAUCCACCAGUGGAUAACUUUCCACCACACGAUUGCUGCACACGCUGUAGCGACGUAAGUUGCUCAAGCAUGAAUCAAAAUACAAUUUUAGCUUCCGGCACGUUUAGUGAUCAAAAAGUUGAAGAUAGUAAAUGUCAAAACAAAGAGUUGAAAAAAAUAAUGAUAGCAAAUAUGAAAAGAGAUCCAUCGAGUUCAAAACGUGCUAUUCAACGUGCUGCUGAAAAAAAAUUCUCGGCUCUUUUUCAUGUGAUUUGUUCUAGGAAUGAUUUUACUUAUAUUACACAUGCACUCGAUUUCUGUGAAGUUUCUAGACGUGGAAACGCGUGCUAUGCUUUCAAAUCACGUUGA